AUGGUGAAUGUGGGAGGGAGGUCUAAAGGCUGCUCGACGUGUCGUCAACGGCGAGUCAAGUGCGAUGAGACUCGCCCGGUAUGCCAGCGGUGCCAGAAGGGUGGUCUGGCCUGUGAGGGGCCGCGGGAAACGGCUUUCAUCCAGGGAACGAUCGUGAAGUCAAGAAGGAGGAUGAAGGAGGAUCAAACCGAGGGUGGUCAGACAUCUACAAGGCGGCCCGAUCCGCCAUUGAAUGAGAUCAUUGCGAUAUCUCCGCCGAGCCAAGUCGACGUCUAUAUCUGCUUCUCACGCAGGUAUCUUCGUCGCGGCGCGGCGAUCGACCUGGCGCUGCAGAAAAUGUCCCCAAGUGAGCUUGUGGCAAGCACAAACACCCGGAUCUUCCCCCAGGCGAUCCUCAGCUUCGGCAGCAUCCUGUUCGGCACCCAUCAUGACCAGCGGGCGAUCGUCGGCCGGGGAUACGCCCUGUACAGCGUGGCGCUGAGACAGCUAAACAAGGCCCUGGCAGAGGAACACUGCUACACGCGCGACGAGGUCAUCCUCACCGUCGCCACCCUGGCGAUUCUGGAGUCUCUGGUGCCCACCAGCCCCAAUAGUUACCUGCAACACAUGCUGGGCCUGGAGCGACUGCUGGAGCUGCGCGGGCCCAGAUCAUUCUCCCCCUUAUCCGCCGUGCUGUUCAAGAGUGUGCGGCAUAUGAUUCUCUUUGCCUCUCUGCGGACGGGCAAGCCGUCCAUCCUGGCGAGGGCGGAAUGGAAGCAGGCGCUGCGGGAGACCUGCUCGGAGGAGGAGAUGCAGGAACAAGACCUGUUUGACAUCCUGGCGGACUGUACGGUUCUCGCCAACAACGAAUCUGAAGCCCUGGAGUUACUGCUCUUCCUCGAUGCCUGGAGGCAGCGUUGGGAGGGCGAUGGACGGAAUGCCUAUGUUGAAAUAUCCCACCAUGGCCAGACUCAUUUCGGCUUCCUCAACCAGCCAGCAGCCAUCAUGUUCAUGUUCUACAACACAACCCUCAUCUACGUGCUGCAGAUCCUGGCCGCGUCCAGCACCGAGGGCGAAUACGUCUCCAUGCAGCGGGCCGCCGCGCUGGCAGUCUGUCGCUGUCUCCCCUAUUACCAGCAGACACGCAGGGACGAUGAUUCCUCGCCGAUUGUGCACUGGGCGGCAACGACUGCCUGGACGACACUGAGCAGGAAUGAGUGUGAGGAGAGGCAAUGGGGGGAGGAUUUAUUAUUCACCAGCCGAGAUAUUGUCGCCAGGGGGUUAUGGAAUAGCAUUAAGAUGUAG